CGGCUGACAGUCGGAGCGGCUGAGCGUAGCGCUAGGCUGGCGGGCGGGCGGGCUGGCCGUGAGGAGCGCGGAGCAUCCGACGACGGGGGAAGCUGGCGAGGGCCGGCCGGGGACACGGGCAGAGGCAGGGCGCCCGCCCGCCCGCGGCAUCGGCCCCCCUGGAUGGCAUGUGGCUGGUCACUUCUUGCCUCCUGCUGCUCAACUCCUGGACCAGCCCAGCACACACUGAAGAUGUGGGUACCAGCCUCUAUUUUGUGAACGACUCCAUUCAGCAGGUGACCUUCUCCAGCUCUGUGGGAGUGAUCAUCCCUUGUCCAGCAGCAGGAUCACCCAGUGCCACCCUUCGCUGGUACCUUGCUACUGGGGAUGACAUCUAUGAUGUCCCACACAUCCGCCACGUCCAUGCCAAUGGAACUCUUCAACUUUACCCCUUCUCGCCAUCUGCCUUCAACAGCUUUAUCCACGACAAUGUUUACUUCUGCACUGCAGAGAACUCCGUGGGCAAAAUCAGGAGCCCAAACAUCCGGGUCAAAGCAGUGUUCAGGGAACCUUACACAGUUCGAGUGGAGGAUCAAAGAUCAAUGCGUGGAAACGUGGCGGUUUUUAAGUGCCUCAUUCCUUCUUCAGUGCAAGAAUAUGUUAAUGUUGUAUCCUGGGAGAAAGAUACAGUUUCUAUCAUCUCUGAAAAUAGGUUUUUCAUUACUUUCUAUGGUGGGUUGUACAUAUCAGACGUCCAGAAGGAAGACGCCCUGUCCACCUAUAGGUGCAUUACAAAGCACAAGUAUAGUGGGGAGACGCGGCAGAGCAAUGGUGCCCGCUUGUCUGUCUCAGACCCAGCAGAGUCCAUCCCAACCAUUCUAGACAACUUCCAGGACCAGGAAGCAAAGGUGGGGCAACUAGUGGAAUUGCCAUGCAUUGCCUCUGGAUACCCGAAUCCUGCCAUCCGAUGGGUAAAGGAUGGAAGGCCCCUGCCUGCUGACAGUCGAUGGACCAAGCGUAUCACAGGCCUGAUGAUCAGUGAUUUGCGUGUGGAAGACAGUGGGACCUACAUCUGUGAAAUCACAAACACUUUUGGGUCUGCUGAGGUCACUGGGACCCUGGAAGUAAUUGAGCCACUGCGAGUCACCCUCACACCAAAGAAGCUAAAGACUGGUAUUGGAAGCACUGUUAUCCUCUCUUGUGCACUUUCUGGCUCACCGGAAUACUCCAUCCGUUGGUUCCGCAAUACGGAGCUGGUGGUUCCAGAUGACUUCGUCUCCAUCCGGGGAAUCCACAAUGAGACGUUGCUCAUCACGGCUGCCCAAAAGAGCCACUCAGGGGCCUACCAGUGUUUUGCCACCAGAAAGGUCCAGACAGCUCAGGACUUUGCUGUAAUUGUCUUGGAGGAUGGGACCCCCCGGAUUGUCUCCUCCUUCAGUGAGAAGGUGGUGAACCCUGGUGAGCAGUUCUCCCUGAUGUGUGCAGCCAAGGGAGCCCCUCCCCCCACCAUCACCUGGUCCUUGGACGAUGAGCCCAUCCAGAGAGAUGGCAGCCACCGCACCAACCAGUACACCAUGUCCGAUGGCACCACUGUGAGCCACAUGAAUGUGACAGGCCCACACAUCAGGGAUGGAGGCGUCUACCGAUGUACUGCGCGGAACUCGGUGGGCAGCGCCGAAUACCAAGCGCGAAUAAACGUAAGAGGCCCUCCCAGCAUCCGUGCCAUGAAGAACAUCACAGCUGUGGCAGGCCGGGACACCUUCAUCAACUGCAGGGUGAUUGGCUACCCAUAUUACUCAAUCAAGUGGUAUAAGGACUCAUUACUCCUGCCGGAUAACCACCGACAAGUAGUCUUUGAAAAUGGCACUCUCAAGCUGAUGGAUGUCCAGAAGGGGAUGGACGAAGGAGAAUACCUUUGCAGCGUCCUCAUUCAGCCGCAGCUCUCUAUCAGCCAGAGUGUCCAUGUCACUGUGAAAGUUCCUCCUCUGAUCCAGCCCUUUGAGUUCCCUCCGGCUUCCAUUGGGCAACUUCUGUACAUUCCAUGUGUGGUCUCUUCUGGCGAUAUGCCGAUCCGCAUCACUUGGAGGAAGGACGGGCAGGUGAUUGUCUCAGGCUCUGGCAUCACCAUCGAGAGCAAGGAGUUCAUGAGCUCCUUGCAGAUCUCCAGCGUCUCCCUGAAGCACAACGGCAACUACACCUGCAUUGCUAGCAAUGCUGCUGCCACCAUUAGCCGAGAGCGGCAGUUGAUUGUGCGAGUGCCUCCUCGUUUUGUGGUCCAGCCCAACAAUCAAGAUGGGAUUUAUGGCAAAGCUGGGGUCUUGAACUGUUCAGUGGAUGGGUAUCCCCCUCCCAAAGUCAUGUGGAAACAUGCUAAAGGCAGUGGGAACCCCCAGCAGUACCACCCUGUCCCCCUGACAGGCCGCAUCCAGAUCCUGCCAAACAGUUCACUGCUCAUCCGGCAUGUUUUAGAAGAAGACAUCGGCUAUUAUCUGUGCCAGGCCAGCAACGGAGUUGGGACAGACAUCAGCAAGUCCAUGUUCCUCACCGUGAAGAUCCCAGCUAUGAUCACCUCCCACCCCAACACCACCAUCGCCAUCAAGGGCCAGGCUAAAGAGCUGAAUUGCACAGCUCGUGGUGAGCGCCCCAUUAUAAUUCGUUGGGAGAAAGGGGACACCGUGAUCGAUCCUGACCGAAACGUCCGAUAUGCCAUUGCUACGAAGGAUAAUAGUGACGAGGUCAUCUCGACCCUCAAACUCAAGCCCGCUGAACGAGGAGACUCUGUUUUUUUUUCCUGCCAUGCGAUCAACUCCUAUGGUGAAGACCGAGGACUUAUUCAACUUACUGUACAAGAGCCACCAGACCCUCCAGAACUGGAGAUCCGAGAAGUGAAAGCCCGCAGUAUGAAUUUACGGUGGACUCAGAGGUUUGAUGGCAACAGCAUCAUCACAGGCUUUGAUAUUGAGUACAAGAAUAAGUCUGAUUCCUGGGAUUUUAAGCAAUCUACCCGGAACAUCUCUCCCUCCAUUAACCAGGCCAAUAUUGUGGAUCUUCACCCGGCCUCUGUAUAUAGCAUCCGCAUGUUUUCAUUCAACAAGAUUGGCCGCAGUGAGCCAAGCAAGGACCUGACCAUCAGCACGGAGGAAGCAGCUCCUGAUGGUCCCCCGCUGGAUGUCACCUUGCAGCCAAUGACAUCCCAAAGCAUCCAGGUCACCUGGAAGGCCCCAAAGAAAGAACUCCAGAAUGGGGUUAUCCGAGGCUACCAGAUUGGCUAUCGGGAGAACAGCCCAGGAAGCAGUGGGCAAUAUAGCAUUGUGGAAAUGAAGGCCACGGGGGACAGUGAAGUCUAUACCCUUGACAACCUGAAGAAAUUUGCCCAGUAUGGUGUGGUGGUGCAGGCCUUUAACCGGGCAGGCACCGGCCCCUCGUCCAGUGAAAUCAAUGCCACCACGCUGGAGGAUGUUCCCAGCCAGCCCCCUGAAAAUGUGAGGGCGUUGUCCAUCACCUCCGAUGUGGCCGUCAUCUCAUGGUCUGAACCCCCUCGGAGCACUCUCAAUGGCAUCUUGAAGGGCUACCGUGUCAUCUUCUGGUCUCUCUACAUGGAUGGUGAAUGGGGGGAGAUGCAGAAUGUCACCACCACUCGGGAGCGAGCAGAGCUGCGCGGCAUGGAGAAGUUCACCAACUACAGCGUGCAGGUCCUGGCCUACACCCAGGCAGGGGAUGGGGUCCGCAGCAACGUCCUCCACAUCCAGACCAAGGAAGACAUUCCUGGUCCUCCUGCCGGGAUCAAAGCGGUGCCUUCCUCUGCCAGCAGCGUUGUGGUGUCUUGGCUGCCACCCUCAAAACCUAAUGGAGUUAUCCGGAAGUAUACCAUUUUCUGCUCCAGCCCAGGCUCUGGCCAGCCGGCCUGUUCUCCUUCGGUUCUUCUGCAGGCUCCCAGCGAGUAUGAAACAAGCCCGGAGCAGCUGUUCUAUCGCAUCGCACACCUGAACCGCGGGCAACAGUACCUGCUCUGGGUUGCUGCUGUCACUUCCGCAGGGCGGGGCAACAUGAGCGAGAAAGUCACCAUUGAGCCUGCUGGAAAAGCUCCAGCCAAGAUCAUCUCAUUUGGGGGCACAGUUACGACCCCGUGGAUGAAAGAUGUGCGACUGCCAUGCAGUUCAGUGGGGGAUCCUCUCCCAGCUGUGAAGUGGACUAAAGACAGGUUUUUUUUUUUAACCAAAGGGAAGAGGGGGCUAGGAAGGUCUCUGGCCAGACUCUGCCUUUCUCAUGUUCAGGUCUUCUUUUGCAGUGAUGAUUCAGCUAUUCCAGUCAUUUUGGAUGGUCAUCGCCAGAUCCAGUCCAAUGGCACCCUGAUUCUGCGCUCUGUGAAAGCAGAGGACUCAGGCUAUUACACUUGUACUGCCACAAAUACCUGGGGAUUCGAUACCAUCAUUGUCAACUUGCUGGUGCAAGUCCCUCCAGACCAGCCCCGGCUGAUGGUGUCCAAGACUUCAGCUUCAUCUAUCACCUUGGCCUGGAUCCCUGGUGACAAUGGUGGUAGCUCCAUCCGAGGCUUUGUGCUCCAGUACUCAGUGGAUAAUAGUGAGGAGUGGAAGGACGUGUUAAUUGCUUCCGCAGAGCGCUCCUUCAAGCUGGGCAGCCUGAAAUGCGGGACCUGGUACAAGGUGAAGCUGGCAGCCAAGAACAGCGUUGGAGCUGGUCGUAUCAGUGAGAUCAUUGAGGCCAAGACCCACGGCAGAGAACCAUCUUUCAAUAAGGACCAACAUCUGUUCACCCACAUCAACUCCACCCAUGCCAGACUGAGUCUGCAAGGCUGGAACAAUGGGGGCUGCCCCAUUGUAGCAAUUGUCCUGGAGUUCCGACCCAAAAGCACCUGGGUUUGGCAGAGUCUGCGGGCUAAUUAUUCCAGUGAAGUCUUUCUGACUGACCUGCACGAAGCCACUUGGUAUGAACUGCGCAUGAAAGCAUGCAACAGUGCCGGCUGUGGCAAUGAAACCCUGCAGUUCGCCACCCUGGACUACGAUGGCAGCACCAUUCCGCCUAUUAAGUCUGCGCAAGGGGAAGGAGAUGAUGUCAAGAAGCUUUUCACCAUCGCUUGCCCUGUCAUCUUGGCCACACUUGGCGUUGCGUUGCUGUUUGUUGUUCGAAAGAAGCGGAAGGAAAAGCGCCUGAAGCGUUUGCGAGAUGCCAAGAGUUUGGCUGAAAUGCUCAUCAGUAAGAAUAAUCGUAGCUUUGAUACGCCCGUGAAGGGUCCUCCGCAAGGCCCUCGGCUGCACAUCGACAUCCCCCGGGUUCAGCUGCUCAUUGAGGACAAGGAGGGAAUCAAGCAGAUCGGAGAUGACAAAGCAACAGUCCCAGUCUCUGACCCAGAAUUCAACCAGACUGUUAAUCCGCAGACCUUCUGCACAGGGGUAUCGCUACACCACCCAGCACUGAUCCAGAAUACGGGGCCUUUGAUCGAUAUGUCUGACAUCCGCCCUGGCACAAAUCCUGUUUCAAGGAAAAGUGUGAAAUCUACACACAGUGCCCGGAACAGAUACUCCAGCCAGUGGACUCUCACCAAGUGCCAGGCCUCCACGCCAGCACGGACUCUGGCCUCUGACUGGAGAGCGGUUGGCUCCCAGCAUGGCAUCACAGUGACUGAAAGUGACAGUUUCAGUGCUAGUUUGUCCCAGGACACAGACAAAGGCCGAAACAGCAUGGUGUCCACAGAGAGUGCCUCAUCCACUUAUGAAGAGUUGGCUCGGGCUUAUGAACAUGCCAAGUUAGAGGAGCAGCUGCAGCAUGCCAAGUUUGAAAUCACAGAGUGCUUCAUUUCUGACAGCUCCUCUGACCAGAUGACCACUGGCACCAAUGAGAAUGCUGACAGCAUGACUUCCAUGAGCACUCCCUCCGAGCCAGGCAUCUGCCGUUUCACAGCCUCUCCUCCCAAACCACAGGACAGUGACCGUGGCAAGGGUGUAGCUGUGCCUAUCCCUCACCGAGCAAAUAAAAGUGACUACUGCAACCUGCCUUUGUAUAUGAAAUCUGAAACGUUCUUCCGCAAGCCAGACCUUCAAGACCCUUGUCCUGUAGUGCCACCCCGGGAAGCCUCCAUACGAAAUCUGGCUCGGGCUUACCACACACAAGCCAGACACUUGACUUUAGAUGCCAGCAGCAAAGCCUCGGCUGCGCCACACGCAACUGCAGCCACCACCUUACCUCAGAGAACUCUUGCCAUGCCAGGCUCGGCUAGUGGUGCCCCUCCUGCUGCUUCCACUGCUGCUCCCGCCCCGGCCCCCGAACCUAGCCCGGGUCCUGUUGCUGAGCCACGCUUGCCUACGCAUAGCAAGAUUGGGGGGUCCAAAGACUCACUAUUAGAAAUGAGCACAUCUGGCGUAGGGAGGCCACAGAAGCAGGGAACUGGUGCCUACUCGAAAUCCUAUACGCUGGUGUAGCAGUGGGUAGGAAGGACAGCCAAGAUGUGGCUCUUUCUCCAAGUCAUUUAUACUGGAAUUAAGUGGAGCUCUUGUACAGAAUGGAUUUUUUGUUUUUGUAUAAAUGAAACUAUUUUUCUCUUCUCCAGAAUUGGGGGGGAAGUCACGAGGGCUCCAAGCAUUUGCAGGAACUUCUUUUAUGGAAGAAGCCCUGCUCUCCUUUCGGUGUUGCGGAAGAGGGUGCUGAAUUCUGAUGGGCACAUGCUCUUUCCCAUCCUCUCAUCGCCCUCAUUACGCAGCCUGGUUUUUUUUUGUUUUUUUUUUUAACCCUUUGAGACACUGCAUGUUGUUUUAAUGUUUGGUAAACCAUGGGAUUUGCUUCCAGUUGCAUCUGCCUGUGUUAAUACUUUUUUCUAUUUAAAAAAAAAAGCCAGCGCAGUGUGCAAUAAAAGUUAUGUUUCUAUAA